GUGGUCGCUCAGAGCGUGUGAAGGCAUUUGCGCUCAUUGCCAAGGUCUCCAAAUCCUUGCGUGCUCGGUCUCGCGCGCCCUCGCUCUGUCGCCAUGGUUUGUUGAAGCUCACAUCUCCUCCUCGUACUUGUCCUCUUCCUGCUGCUGCAUUGACUGCUUUUGUUUCCUCUCUCAAUAUCUACCGCUUCCGUUCGUGCUUCCCUGCCCCUUUUAAUUCAUCCUCUCUUCGCACCCCGCCUGCCCUGACCAUGAAUGCCGAUAAUCGCAAGGGCGAGCUGGUCGACCUCAAGUCCCAGCUUCGCCAGCUUGCCGGUAGCCGUCAGCCUGGCGUCGAAGACAUCAAGCGUGAGCUUUACAAAAAGGUCAUUUCUUACAUGACCAUCGGCAUCGAUGUCUCCUCCCUCUUCUCUGAAAUGGUCAUGUGCUCUGCUACCUCCGAUCUCGUCCUCAAAAAAAUGUGCUACCUCUAUGUUGGCAAUUACGCUCGCGGCCAUCCCGAACUUGCCCUUCUUACGAUUAAUUUUCUUCAAAAGGACUGCCACGACGAUGAUCCCAUGAUCCGUGGCCUUGCCCUGCGCAGCUUGUGUUCCUUGCGCGUCAAAAAUCUCGUUGAGUAUCUGGUUGGCCCUCUUCGGUCCGGCCUCAAGGAUGGUAAUGGUUAUGUUCGCACCGUUGCUGCUAUGGGAGUGCUCAAGCUCUAUCACAUUGCUCCCUCCCAGUGUACAGAUAACGAGUUUCCGGCCAUGCUUAGGGCAUUGCUUCUUAAUGAUCCCGAUGCUCAAGUGGUUGCGAAUUGCUUGUGCGCACUUCAAGAAAUCUACGCUGCCGAAGUUAACAUCUCUCCGGAGACAGCUCUCAGGGACCGAGAGCACCUUCUUAGCAAGCCUGUCAUAUAUUCUCUUCUAAAUAGGAUAAAAGACUUCACUGAGUGGGCUCAGUGUUUGGUUUUAGAUAUGGUCUCAAAGUACAUACCAUCAGAUUCGGAUGAGUCGUUCGACAUGAUGAACAUUCUUGAAGAUCGACUCCAGCAUACAAACAGUGCUGUUGUAUUGGCUACCAUCAAAGUCUUUCUUCAUUUAACAAUUUCUAUGGCUGACGUUCAUCAACAAGUCUAUGAGCGAAUUAAAGCGCCCCUGCUGACUUUAGUUAACUCCGGAAGUGCUGAACAGACUUACGCAGUCCUGAGCCAUUUACACUUGCUUGUUUUGAGGGCCCCUGCUUUGUUCUCAAAUGACUACAAGCAUUUUUACUGCCGUUACAGUGACCCUACCUAUGUGAAGAAACUGAAGUUGGAGAUGCUUACGGCUGUAGCCAAUGAAUCAAACACAUAUGAGAUUGUGACAGAGCUUAGCGAGUACGCAGCUAAUGUGGACGUGGCAAUAGCUCGGGAGUCCAUUCGAGCUGUUGGGAAAAUUGCGUUGCAACAGUAUGACGUCAACGCCAUUGUUGAUCGAUUGCUUCAGUUCCUUGAAAUGGAGAAGGACUAUGUGACAGCAGAGACUUUGGUAUUGGUAAAAGACCUUCUUCGCAAAUAUCCCCAGUGGAGCCACGAUUGUAUUGCAGUGGUCGGUAGCGUGAGCAGCAAAGCUGUGACUGAACCAAAAGCCAAGGCUGCAUUGAUAUGGAUGCUAGGCGAGUAUGCCUAUGAUAUGCCCGAUGCACCGUAUAUCUUGGAGGGGUUUGUUCAGAAUUGGACCGAAGAAAAUUCUGCUGAGGUAAGAUUGGAGCUUUUAACAGCUAUUACUAAGAUUUUCUUUAAGAGACCCCCUGAAAGUAUCAAGAUGUUGGGUGCUGCGCUUUCGGCUGGACUUGCUGACGCUCAUCAGGACGUGCAUGACAGGGCGCUUCUAUAUUAUAGGUUACUCCAGCAGGGUGUGGAGGUGGCUGAGCGAGUUGUAAACCCCGCAAAACAAGCUGUCUCUGUUUUCGCAGACACACAGAGCAGCGAGAUUAAAGACCGUAUUUUUGACGAGUUUAACAGUUUAUCCGUUGUAUAUCAACAGCCCUCGUACAUGUUUUUGGACAAGGAAGUCCGGGGGCCCAUUGAGCUUGUGGAAGAUACAGGACUAUUGCCCAUGGGACCAACAACUACUGAUGAUGUGCUGCCUAGCCAACUUGUAGAUGCGAAUGAUAACGACCUCCUUCUAGGCCCAUCUGACAAAGAAGAUAGCAUUGUAGCUGCUAGCAAUGGCUCUCAUGCUUAUAAUGGUCCAGACUUGAGUGGCUUUGACAGCUUAUCCGCUCCUCAAAGAUCACAAUCAGCAGCUUUUCCCACGCCAACACCUCAGGUGGCAACUACCCCAGCUGCAACUUCUACCUCUUUACUGGACUUCGACGACUUGCUUGGCCUCAACACAUAUGAUGUCUCUACCCCUGCUCCAUCUUCUUUAAAGCUUAAGGCUAAACCUUCCUUAGAUCCUCAAGCAUUCCAACGGAAGUGGGGUCAACUUGCAGUUGCCUCGACUGUGGAUCACACAUUGGCCAACGUAGCUGCUCUAUCAACUCCGCAACCGCUCAUCCGUCACAUGCAAGCCAAUUUAGUGGAAGUUAUGGCUUCUGGUGGUAAGGCCCCCACAUUUAAGUUCUUCUUUUACGCUCAAGCAGCUGAUUCUCCUCCAACAUCUGGCUUUUUCUUGGUGGAAUUGAUCGUUAACACAUCAACUGCGUCCUCGCAAGUAAAGAUAAAAGCAGAUGAUGCUUCAUUAGCACCUCAUUUUCAAGAGUUGUUUCUUGCAACAUUGGGUUCUUUUGGGUUUUAGUAGAAGUUGCAGCUGUCGGGGUAGCAUGAUGCGUUAUGUUCAUUCGGGAAUGAGCGGGAGAGGAUCUAUGCCUCGCACCAUGAAAAUGGGGCUAGUGCAUGUUCUGGUUCUUGCCACUUUCAUAAGAGUUGAAAUUUAUUUUCAGUACAUAGUGAUACCAUUUAGCUCGUAGAGCCUCCUUGUUAGCUAGCUGGCUGAAUGCGGUCCAUUGAGGUUAUCUUUAUCUUUGCACAGAGCUGACAAGUGCUGUAGGUUCUAACCCACUGUGCUCAACACAGAGCGUCCAGUUUGAAACAACAUUGUUGUAUGUAGUUAAAAUAUCUGAAAUGUCCAGAGAAGAUUUAACCUUUCAGUCC